AUGUCUCUGCCUCGUCAUCUGCUAGCCUUUGCUGCCCUUUUUGCCGUUGGCCUGGCCCUCGAUUGUCACUGCACUAAGGAUACCGAAACUGUGAAAUGUGUCGAUAAGAAGUGCACUACUGAUGGAUUUUGCAUCAUGAUGGACCAUCCGCUUCACGGCCGUCACUACACCUGUAAUGUGCGGGGAUUGAAUAAUGACUGCAUUACCCGCGAGGCCCGCUCGGGAGCCCAAGUUGAAGUCUGCGGAUGCACGGACGUUGACAACUGCAAUCUCUUGAACUGGCCCGUCAAGGAGGGAAAAGUCAUUUCUGACGGAAGCAACCACGCAGCAGCAACAGGUGCUGAUCCCGACUCCGCAGCCAUGGGCAGCCACUUGAUCGCGAUGAUGUUGAGCGUUGGAUUGGGAUUCUUCUUCUUC